GUGACCGACGCCAACAUGGCGGCGCCCAGCGGCGUACACCUGUUCGUCCGUAGAGGACUGUGGCUCUACUGAAGACUUUAAUCUAAAAAUGAGAUGAUUGAAUUUGUCAUUCCACCAAGUGUGAAGAAGCUACGGAUUUCAAGUAAUAUUGUGUUUUCAGCUAUGAGAGGCAGCCUGCUUUAUACAGGUUGUCACAGGAUUUUCUCUUCACCACUCAAUCAUAUCUACUUACACAAGCAGUCAAGCAGUCAACAAAGAAGAAAUUUCUUUUUCCGGAGACAAAGAGAGAUUUCACACAGUAUAGUUUUGCCGGCUGCAGUUUCUUCAGCUCAUCCAGUCCCUAAGCACAUAAAGAAGCCAGACUAUGUGACGACAGGCAUUGUACCCGACUGGGGAGACAGCAUAGAAGUUAAGAAUGAAGAUCAGAUUCAAGGGCUUCGUCAGGCUUGUCAGCUGGCCCGCCAUGUCCUCCUCCUGGCCGGGAAGAGUUUAAAGGUUGACAUGACAACUGAAGAGAUAGAUGCUCUUGUUCAUCAGGAAAUCAUCAGUCAUGAUGCCUAUCCCUCACCUCUAGGCUAUGGAGGUUUUCCAAAAUCUGUUUGUACCUCUGUAAACAACGUGCUUUGUCAUGGUAUUCCUGACAGUCGACCUCUUCAGGAUGGAGAUAUUAUCAACAUUGAUGUCACGGUUUACUACAAUGGCUACCAUGGAGACACCUCUGAAACAUUUUUGGUGGGCAAUGUGGAUGAAUGUGGUGAAAAGUUAGUGGAGAUUGCCAGGAGGUGUAGAGAUGAAGCAAUUGCUGCUUGCAGAGCGGGGGCUCCCUUCUCUGUAAUUGGAAACACAAUCAGCCAGAUAACUCAUCAGAAUGGUUUGCACGUCUGUCCACAUUUUGUGGGACAUGGGAUAGGAUCUUACUUUCAUGGACAUCCAGAAAUUUGGCAUCAUGCGAAUGACAGCGAUCUGCGCAUGGAGGAGGGCAUGGCGUUCACCGUAGAGCCAAUUAUAACCGAGGGAGCCCCUGAAUUUAAAGUGCUGGAGGAUGCAUGGACUGUGGUCUCCUUGGACAAUCAAAGGUCGGCCCAGUUCGAGCACACAGUUCUCAUCACGUCGGGGGGCGCGCAGAUCCUGACCAAACUGCCCCACGAGGCCUGAGGAACCACCCAAAGGUCGCAGAGACCCGGCGCCUUUUUUCUUAAAUUUCUGAAAUCCAGCUGGAGAACUUUGAGAACGAAACAGGCUAACGGCAGGUCUCACAGUAACCUACCCAGCACCUAGUAGCGCCUUGGGAAAACGCGGUGGGUAUUGGUGGCCGUUGAGAGCUCAGAUCCGAGGCCCCGAUGUGGCCGUGCGGCUUCGGAAAGACGGGUCCUGGCGCCGGGCUCUGCUUCCCAACGCGGGAAACGCAUCUGGUAGGGAGUGGGGACGCCCUCAUUUGGAAGACGAGGGAUUCCUAGAAAUGCAUAGCUUUCUCUUUCCCUUGUCUUGACUGCCCGAAUAAAAAGCUUUCACC